CACAAGCAGGAGGUCGUUCAAACAAAACUAACUUUUUGCGACUUUAUACGCAAAUACCUAUAAAAAAAAAACCUCUUCAUAUUUUUAGCCCUUUCUCUGCGGUUUUGUGCAAACGAGUGUGAGUGUGUUAUAGCAGCACAUCUUCUUGUUUAGCAGGAAUAUAGGGUUCUGUAAUGAUGAAGAUUGCAGUAGUUGGCGGGACUGGUCAAACCGGGCAGCAGCUGGUCAAUCAGGCUCUUCAGCAGGGACACUGCGUCACUGCCCUCGUCAGAAAUCCGGCGAAACUGACGCUAACGCACGAGAACCUCAAGGUGGUUGAAGCAGACAUUUUCUCAGAAGACAGCCUGAAACUGCACUUCAAAGGUCAGGAUGCUGUGUUGUCCUGUCUUGGCUUUCCAAUCUCAUUUUUUUAUGGAGUCACUGGCUACACUCACUCUAUGAAGGCAGCAUUGAAUGCUAUGCGUGAAGUCAAAGUCAAUCGAAUCAUCACCAUGACCUCGUGGUACACUGACCCAAAUUCAGGCUCCAGUUCUUCCUAUUUCAUCCGCUUCAUGUUGCUUCCCAUGAUCAGAAGUGUUCUGAACAACAUGUAUGAAAUGGAAAACCUUCUUAAGCAGACUGAAGACAUCAACUGGACUGUUGUCCGGCCGCCUGGUCUCCAGAAUACACCAACAACAGCCAAUGAGUUCCUCACUCAUGAAGGUUAUUAUGUCCCUGAUGAAAAUGGUGCACCAAUCGGCCAGUCUGUGUCACGAGGAGAUGUGGCUCGUUUCAUGCUCUCUCUACUCAAUAACAAUGCUUGGAUGAAGAAAGCUGUUGCUAUCAUCACCAAAUGAGGAAAAAAUUUAGGAAAAAAAAGCUUGUAAAAACAUUAAAAUGAAAUUGAAGAGCAAAGAAAUGACAA